UUCAAAAGACUAAGAUGUCAACCUGGUAACGGACGUAAACUAAAAAAGCUUGAACUAAAAAGAAAUAUCAAAAUGUAGCUGAUCUUCAGUGUAUAAUGGACAUUUGUAAACGGCAGUGUGACCCAACAUAGUUAUCAUUCAAAGGGGCAUGUAUGUUGAGACUAUAAAUAAACGGGGAAAAAACAUACAAUAAGAAGAGAUGGCAAUGUUUGCCGAUGCUUCAAGCCUCAGUGGCACCUUUGACAGAUCUGAGAAAUUAAGAACUCCUGCCUUAUUUAGCUGUGCAGCCAGAGUUAAAAUUCCUCAGUUGGGAGCAGAGGAUUCACAAUUGAGCUUGCAGUUACCUCCCAAGAAACCAGCUCAGACCUCAAUAGUGUUCCGUUCUUUUAGUCAACCAGAACCUGUAGAUAGAAGAUAUUUGAAGAAAAUCAGUUCCGAUUUACAUUUUGGUGAAGAUGUUGUUAAAGACAGAUGUUUCCAUAUGUUACCAUAUGAUGAGAAGUACUUGUUUGAGGCUUUGUCAUUGGAUGGUAUUGUUGAACCUCCAGGAAAAGCUAAAAUUCCACCAGGUAGACAUGAUUCACGUGGUACUGAUAAUAGACACAUGCCAUGUAACCUAACAAAAUCUACAAAAUCACAUUUGAAACCUCUCAAAAGAAAGAUUAUGGAGAAAGCCAAACAAAUGCAUGACGAUGCUAUCCAGAAAGCUGCAAUUGAUGAAGAGAAAAGAAAAGCUGAGGCUAUUCCUGAAGAAGAGGAAGAGCUUGAGGUGAAACAGAGUUUCUUUAUCACAGAACCUCAAUUACAGCCUCCACAACCAAGUUCUGUUAGAUAUGUACCUCCUCCUACUCAUUGGGAGCUACCAAAAACAGAAGAGGCACAACCAGACAAAAAAGCGGUCAAAAUACAACCAAAACCUAAACCUUCUACAAAAUCAGUGAUAUCUCGAGUCAGUAAAGGAAGACCUAUAGUAACAGAGGAAAAGAAAGAAGAUGAUUGGGAUGCCUAUGUCUUGUCAAAAUUAAGUAAAAAUAUAGCCCAAAAACUUGUGCAUGAAGGUAUAGCUGAUCCAGAAAGGAAAGAAAGGUUAUCCAAAUUGUUGGAAGCUCAGUAUGGAAAGGCUGAUCUAAAUAACUUCUUCUUAGAUGAGAAUGACUUGCUGGAUGUACAUGAAGAAUUGGAAAAAAAGGAGAGGGAAAAAGAAAAAGAAAGUAAACCUAAAAAGAAAUGGAAGAAAAAAGAAGCUUCAGUACUACAACGUGUAUACAACAUGCAGGAAGUUGAAAGAGAGGCCAAUGAUCCUUAUUCUGAUGAUAACAAAGCUCCAUUUUACAGACAACCCAUAGGUCUUAGGAGAGUUAUCAAAGAAAGGGAAAAAGAGGAAGCAGUGUACAGGCAAGCUGGUGGUGUUAUAAAUAGAACAGCUGAUAUUGAAAUCCCUGAAUACAAGGCCUCACCACCUCCAACAAUCAGGGACCAUGUCAAUCCUAAAGUGGGAGAUAAACUGUUUGAGUCAGACAACAGAUUUAUACAGGAGUGGCUCACAGGUGCUGAGCAGGUUUACUCCAAAGAUAAAGAGAAGAUAGUCAUGUCAUCAACAAGCCACUACAAAAAGUUCUACAAGACUGAUCGACCAAAACCUGCAGACGGGUGGUAUCCAAUGGAGGAGAAGGAGACAUACGGAACCCAGUCUCCUUCACCUACACCUAGAAUGAAGAGGGUAGAGAAAGGAUUCAAACGUUGGAAAGCUUUACCAGAACCAACAGAUGGAGAAGCCACAUCCAUGAUACCACCAGGAUUUGAUCCAGAGUUUCACAGAUCUCCUGAUCCUUCCACUCGACGUCUCACUAAGCAAAAUGCUUCAUUAGUACAAGUCAAAUUUCCAGAAAUUUCAGACUCUGACAAUAUCAUGUACAAACCACCAGAAAGGAAAAAAUCUGUUGAUGAAUGGAGACAGAGGUAUCACCUGAGUGGUCAGUUACUGGACAGUACUCCGGACGACUUGAUUCGAGACAUGGGGGACAUUCAAUCCCAUGUCAGAUUGCAGGCUAUAGCUACACUCAGUAAAGUAGCAGAGUACAAGGCUGCCACAGAAGAUCCCUUUAAUAUGGCCUUUAAAGAUAUACCAUUAGACAAUCCUUACUCUCGGAACAUUCCAGAGAAGUUGUAUGUAGCAUUAGAGUGUCUCUUGGAAGAUUCUAAUGAUAGAGUUAGGUGUGCUGCAGCAAUAACUCUGUAUUCAUUGAAUAGGCCAUGUGAUAAGGCCAAAGACAUCAUGUAUGGAGCAAUGAAGGGAGAAUCUCGGAUAGAUAGAUGGGCUGCAGCUCAGUGUCUGUCUCACUCUGGAGUAUGUAACUCACUGAUUGUAGGGGAGAUAAUCCACCAGCUACUAACCACAGAGGACACCAUCAAACAUGAGAGAGCUAUUUCUCUCUUAGGAAAACUAAGUAUCUUCUCUCCAUUGGUUCAUGGAAUGACAGCUGAAUUAUUAAACAGUUCAAGCUGGAGACAUAAAGUUAUAGCCUGCAAAAUAUUACCAACUUUACAUGGUACAAUUAAUAAGGAUAUAACGAGUAAAUUAUCUGAUUUGAUGUGGAAUGAUUGGCACACUGAUGUAAGGAAGAGUGCGGCUCAGUGUCUAGGUAAAACUAGUCAUGGAAAGGAGGUCCACGAUGACCUGAAGGAAAGACUCACAAUAGAUAAUGAAGAAAUUAGACUGGAGGCUGUCAACAAGAUUGGACAGUUAGGUAUAAUGACAGCUAAGUUGUUACCUACAUUCCUGAAAUGUUUUGAGGAUGACUAUAUAUCUAUCCGAUCAGAAGUCUGUAUAACAUGUGGUAAUAUUGAACUUAAAGAUGAAGUCGUUGUAGAGAAAUUGAUCCUUCUAGCGACCUUUGAUCCCAUCUGGAAGGUCAAAGCAUUGGCAUUCCAGGCCUUAGGCAAUAUUGGAGUCAUAUCAGAAGAAAUAACCGAAUGUUUAUUGUGGGCUGUCAGAUAUGAAGAGAAGGAAGCUGUCCGAGCUGAGGCAUGCCAUACUAUUGCUGUACUAGAAUUACAAACAGAAGAGGUUGCAGAAGUUCUUCAAGAAAGAUUUUUAGUGGAAUCUUAUCCAAUAGUCAGAGAUGAAAUAGCGGCUACAUUACAGAUGUUUGGUAUUAGUGCUACUGAGGAUAUGGACAUGGUUACACAAAUAAAAAGUGAAGUCCGUAAACUGUGUACACGUAACAAUAUUGCUAAUCAAAUUGUCUUAAAUGAAAAAGAUCAACAAAAAGAGGAAAAUCUAGCUCGUAUGAUAUAUGAAUCUGAGAAAGCAGUCAAGCACUUUUUUCGCAAAAAGCACCCAUAUAAUCAAGCUAAGCUUAGAAAUGCAGGACAUAAAAAGAAAGCUUGUCACUUCGCUAUUAGCUAUCAUCAUUUUUCAUAUAACUUUAUAUUACACGAUGAAAAUGAAAAAGAAAAAGAACCCAUCAUGCAGAGAAUCAGAUCAAUGUCUCAGGCUAGUAGUCGACCAGAAACACCAGCUCCCAAGAUUGUCAUUGAAACAGAAACUCCAGCCUCACCUGUACCCAGCAGGGAGGGAGCAGUAUUUACACCUACUGCUGAGGAGGAACUAGAUACAAUAUUGUCGAGGGAGGAGUCUACUGCCACACCAGAUACAGUAACCACUACACCAGGCCUAAAAUCACGUACUGAGAAUGAGGAAGAUGACGAUGAAUCUAAAUCCAGGUUGGAGAAGAUUUCUGAGCGAGCUGACAGUGGUAGUCAGUUAUCACAGUCUCUUACAGAAGAGGAAGUAAAACCAGUCAGUAGACCAGGAAGUAAGGUCAAAUUCUUAGAGGUUGAAGAAAAACCAUUGACGGCACCAUCGAAAUCCAGUGGCAUGGGUUUGGGUUCAGAAAUCAGGGCAUUUAGUAGAGACGCUAUAAAAGAACGUGAAAAAAUCAAUAGAGAGGCAAGGAACACAUUUGCUGCAUUUGAUGAGAGAUAUGCAGAUUUAACUGACGACUUGUUACUAGUAGACAAUGCAUACUUGGGAAAGCUACCCAGUGAAGAAAGAAUUACUUCUGUAUCCAUUAUAAGUGAACCAACACCUACAUAUGAACUUAAAGCCACAGAAGGACAGGCGGAUGAAGCAUUCCCGGUAGAUGAUGAUUGAACAAUAAGAAUGUAUAUAUAGUCCUUAUGAAAGCUUUUACAAGAAAACCAGGUGUUUUAUAAAUGGUCAAUUAAUGUAACAAAGGAACACCAGAUUGUACUUUUUGUAAAUUGUGUGUAAAUGUUUACUGGGAAUGUUUUUUUAUCUUAUUUCAUAUAACUAAAAAGAAUGAUCUAAAACUAUUUUUUUAAAGUAUCAUUUGAUUAGAUUAUUGUGAUCUUUAUGCAUUUAAGAAAGUAUUCCUUUUAUAUACCAAGACUUUACAUUUUAUGUAAUACUAAAAAUCUACAAACAAAUUUUAUUAGCACAAGAGUGUAUAUAUUGUCCUCAUACUGAGGACUUUGGCAUUUUUCUGUAAGUAAAGAUUUCUCAAGUAUUGAUUUUAAAAAAGACAAACAAAAUGUCAAACCUGCAUUUACUUAGUGUUAGCUUACCUUACAUAGAAAUGUGUUGUUCAAGAGGGUUAGUGUCAUAUAAUCAAAGUAUACAGAUAACUACUCUUUUUGUUUAAUAAUUCCAAUUAUUUCUUAAGACGUAUAUUUAGAAUAAAUGCCUACAUCUGUUCUGGUAAAAAAACUGUUCUUAAAAGAAAAAAUGAAUUAAAACAAAUAUUUCUUGAUGAAUGCAUCAUAACUUUUAAAAAAUAUAAUAGCUUUCAUCUCAAAGAGGGGAGAAAUAUUUGUAAACUGCGUUUCUGAUCUUUACACUUGAUAACAACAGAACAUUGACCAUUGGCAGUAUUUUUCUUCCUUUUUCUGAGAUCAUAUUUUUGUUGCUGUUAACAUAACAGUACCCUAAAUUUAUUUGUACUAAAUUGUUUUCAUGGUUGAUAUCCAUAUUUAUUGAUUGUAUAUGUUUGAAUAUAUACAUAGUGAGUUUCAAAUUUAAUGAGAUUUGUAAGAAACUAAAUGUAAAGAUCUUUUUCCCACAGUGUAUUACUUUUUGCCAAGCAACCCAGAAGAAUAUAUUAAGGGUAAACUUGAAGACCAUCUGAAAUUGUGAACCUGUAAGUGUGUCUGACUAUAUGUCUGUCAGUAGAAUACAACCAAUUUCAAUACAUUUUUGUAAAGUUAAUAACUAGAUUAACUGUAAAUUCCUAUUAAGAAAAAUUGUUUAUAUUGUUUAUUCUGAAGUGUCUUUAAUUUUUUAAUGAAAUCCUAACCAAAUGGUAAAUAUUUUAAUUUUAUAUUUUCUGUGAUAUUUUGCGUCUGUGAUAUUGCAUAUCUCAUUUGAGUAAUUAAAUGAAGAUUAAAUGAUUAAUUGAGAUAGUUUUAAUUUCUUUGAGUAGUUGGUGUAUUUUUUUCAGUAAUGCAAAAGGUGUUCAGUCUUCAACAACCAGACAUGUUUCAGGACCAAGUUAAAUCAAAGAUGUGCUUGUAUAUAAAUUCAAUAGGCUAAAUAUCUUAAACAUACUUCAAAUUAUCAAUAGAAAAAAAAAAGAAAGGACAGUGAAAAAAACUGACAUAGUUUCCAGUUAUUAAAGUAGCUUUUGGUUCAUUAUUUCUACUUUUACUUUUUGGACAUGAUAAAAAGUAAUGUUGAUGUCUGCUGGUAGCAAUCAACAAGCAUACAGUCUACACAUCCCUGACAAGGCAAACACACCAAACAUCUAAACAUCCAUAGAGACCAGAGUUUACCUCGUUAACCUUGUAUGCAGAUGCCUUAUGUAACCAAGUUUACAUUUGUCAUAUGUCAAUUGUCCUUUACCUCAUAUUCAUGGUUUUAGCAACUGAAUGAGAUUUUUUUUUGGUACUUUUGUCAUUUAAAUAUCUCACUUAAAAUGAGUAAUAGGAUAACUAUAUUUGUUAUAUGUCAUAUAUGGGUUCCUUCCAAGGUCUAUGUCUAUCAGUCAGGGUUCACAUGACCUUGACUUCAUUUCAUUGAUCAGUAAAAUUGAGAAUGGAAAUAGGGAAUGUGUCAAAGCGACAACAACCUGACCAUAGAGCAGACAACAGCCAAAGGCCACCACUCGGUCUUCAAUGUAGCGAGAAACUCCCACACAUCCUUCAGCUGGCCCCUUUACAAAUAUGUAUACAAGUUGUACAAUUGAUCAUACAUUGGUAAUGGAUGUCAUACUAUGCCCCCUAUAACUUAGUAUUAUAGUAUGUUUUCAAAACAUCAUGAAUAACAAAUAUGUUGCAACUCUAACUGUGAAAAGCCUGUAAAUGUAUUUUUUUUAUGCAAAUAUAUAUAUAAGGGGACAGGUUGUUAGAUUACCAAUGAGACAAACAGGGUAAAAAAAACUAUUUUAAACUUUCAAAGAAAACAAGCAUGAUCAAGAGUGUAGAGGGCGUAAAAUUCUGAGAAAGGAGAUAUUGUAACGAAAUGUGGGUCCCUUUGAAACAGAACUUGUUUCCCCUAAAAUUGUGAAAUGACGUUGUUUGAAUCUUACCGAUAAUUAACUGUUCUUAUCAUAUACUUCUUGUAUAACUAUAUUUAAAACAUUGUUAACGCUAAAAUUCUUAUUAUUCUUUCCUAUGUUAUUACAAUAGGAACACCUGUGAUGUCAAUACAAUGCAAUACAAUACAAUGACAUCAUUAUUUCCGGUUUUGGUAAUUUAGGUAUUUUCCGAAAAGGUAAAUGGUAAACAUAGAUGGUGAAUGGUAAACCAAAUCGGUCAAUUGGUUCAUCCAAGUAUAGAUAUGACAGAGAAAUGGAUAAGACCUCAGUAACUUUACCCUGGGCAAGUAACAGCGAUUUAAAUAUACACAUACAGAUACCAUUUACCAGACUACUUCCGUGUAAUGUUAGUUCUUAAAAAGUUGCAUUUAGAGAAUAACUUCUUGAGUGAAAUAUCUUUUUGCAAUGAAUUUGACUUACCAUUUGCCGAUUACCAAACUACAGCUAGUAAAUUUUGGGAUAUAUAUAUUUCUGCUAUCCAUUUUCUUUAAUUUAGAUAUUCUUAGGCUGAUAAAGGAAGGUUUUUAUUUGUUAGACUAGAAUACUGUUAAGAGAUAUGCUGUUUGUAUGUAUUGUUGAUAUUUAAUGAAUCUUAAAGUUAAUACAAGUUGAUUUUUAUUUAA